AUGCAGUUCAAGCUCUCUACACUUGUUGCCCUCCUGGCCGCAUCCCCGGCCCUCGCCGCUUCCAAGGGCGCUACCGUCGCUGCCGGUAUCUACAAGGUCACUACUAAAGUCUUGGAUGUCAGGAAAGUGGCAGAGAGUAUCGAGCUCACUACCUACCCUUCAAAAGCCAGCCUCUUCUUCUCCGAUUACCGGGGCCUCCUGGAUCUUAAGAACGAGCAGGUUCAGUCCUCUCCCGACGGCAUUGAACCUAGCAGUGAGCCCGAGGUCUGCAAUGCCUUUAUCUCCUACUCGGAGGUCGAGAAGAACUUUCUAGCAACUAUCAUCGACAAGGAAGCAAUUUUUAAGUCGUUCGCUUCCGCCUUACCAGUUCUUGAAAUGCUGCGCUCCGAUUCUUCUAUCAGUGACACAUACUACUCCAACGUGCUUGGCCUUGUUCCAUCUUGCCAGGCUGAUAUCAUGAAAAACGGCAAGUAG